AUGGAGAAACAACCGCAGGACGAGCCGUCCAAGGAAGCAUACCUGGACGACGAACAUGGAACAGUCGAAACAAUCUCCCAACGGCAAACCGGCCCCCUGGGCUAUAUCUUCCGCCUGGAACGCUGGCUGGGCGUCGAAACACGCGGCAUUGAACGUGUGCCCGAAUCAAUGCGUGAGCGGAAGACAAGGCUGAGAGACUACGCGCAGAUGAGCGUCAUCUGGUUCUCGGCGAAUGUCACGGCGAAUAAUGUGUUGGUUGGGCUGCUGGGUCCGCUGGUGUACGAGCUGGGACUUGUCGAUGCCAUGCUCCUCGCCUCGUUUGGGGCGAUGUUUGGGGCUAUGUGUAGUGCGUAUAUUUCGACCUUUGGUCCGAUGAGUGGUUGUCGGACGAUGGUAGUUUCUCGCUUUACCAUGGGCUGGUGGCCUACGCGGGUCUGCGUGCUGUUGAACAUUGUCAUCUUCUUGGGCUACGGCCUCGUCGAUUCCCUCAUCGCCGGUCAAAUUCUCGCCGCGGUCAACAACGCCGGCAUGGGCGUCGUUGUGGGCGUUAUCAUCGCAGCCAUCAUCAUCCUGGCAGUCUGUCUAUUUGGAAUCCGCGUCUUCCACACGUACGAACGGUACGCGUUUAUCCCACAGCUCAUCGUUCUAUUUGUGCUCGUUGGCGUCUCCGGACCAUACUGGGAUGCAUCGUCGGAAACAACAGGAACCUCCGAAGACAAGGCCGCGAACCGGAUGAGCUUCUUCUUCUAUUGUGUCUCCGGUAGUCUGUUGUGGGCUGGAUCCGGGGCUGAUUUUUAUGUCUACUUCCCGCCCAAUGCGCAGCGGUGGAUGGUCUUCCUCUCGACCUUCACAGGGCUGGGAUUGUCCUGCGUCAUGACAUAUCUUCUAGGCAUUGGCGUGGCGUCUGGAGUCGCGAAGAAUCCAGCAUGGAAUGCUGCAUACAGCCAAACGCCUGGAGCCCUAAUCGUCGAAGUCUACCGGCCGCUUGGCCACUUUGGGAGCUUUUGCGCCGUCAUUGUGGCCCUGGGCGUCAUCGCAAAUAAUGUCCCUACCACGUAUUCAGCUGCCCUGAACUUCCAGAUGCUGGGGAGGUGGUUCCUGGCUUUGCCCCGUCCCGUCUGGACCCUGGUGGCGGUGGUUAUCUAUACAGUCUGUGCCUGCAUUGGGCGAAACAGUCUCUUCAACGUCUUCAAUGACUUCCUGGGCCUGAUGGGCUAUUGGAGUGCCAUCUGGGUUGUGAUCGUUUUGGAGGAAGAGUUGCUAUUCCAGAGACCCCGCGGCAGAUGGUAUGACUGGUCCGCUUGGAAUUCGCCUGAACGGUUGCCUGUUGGCUUGGCUGCUCUGUUUGCCUUCUGUGUGGGUUGGGUCGGUGCUGUGCUGGGCAUGUAUCAGACUUAUUUCACCGGUCCGCUGGCGAAAAUGGUCGGGGAGGGAAUCGACAUGGGCAUCCCGGUAGCUAUGAGCUGGGGGGCCGUGGUUUAUCCUCUUCUAAGGUGGUUGGAGCUGGAAUGGGUCGGGCGUUGA